AUGCCAAAACGGUACAGUAUUGUUCCACCGCGGACGAGCGAUGACAGUGUGCUUCAUCUUGAUCAAGUGGAACAGCAGAUCAUCACGACAAUGAUGAAAAUCGACGCCAACAUCCUGAGGGCCAAUAACAUCAUUAACGACGAGAUUAUCCCGAUAAUACGUGAAUACGGACAAACCACGGAAGCUAUAGGCGAUAGCGUUGAGUUUUGGAAGCGGUUGUUUGAGUCUCUGGCCAAUGUCAUCAUCGACACUAAAGAUGACGUUACCACCGCUACCGCCAACCCCACGGCUCCUCCCAGACCUAAUUUACGCCCCCCCGCUUUGGUAACGCCGCUGGAUGACCCUAGUAUCUCGUUUAACUCAAUUGAAGGCCAUACGGGGGCAGCGCCCAUCUACCGCAAGCGCACACCGCUGCCGACGAAACCAGCCCCUCCUACGGCUUUAAAGGCUAAAAACAACCAAGAUACCGAUACCUUAGAGUCUCAGCCAAAGCUCGACCCCGUCAGUGAGCGUUAUUUGGACCAACACCAGCCGCAACUGACGAAAAAGGUUCAAUCUACCACCACCAAAAAGCUGACAAUCGACCUAUACUCUUCGCCUAACCGUGUGGCAGGUCGUGCUGUGCCUCCGUCGCUGCCUACUAGAGCCACUCCUCGACGGCCUCAGCCUAAACCGCCCGCUUCCCAAGUAGGCAAUCUCCAGCCAGUACUGCUAGCACCGACAGCUCCCGAAGCCUACGAGCUGGGGUUCCGAGCAGGCUACCGUGCCGGCUUAUCUCCGUUAAGAUCGCCUCAGUUUGACGUGUCGCUGACGAUAUCACCGCCCAGACCCCGUUUAAGCGAGUAUACUCAGUCGAUGAUGGACCGGCGCCCCCCGCCUCGAGACGACUCGCUGUCGCUUCUAGCGCCGCCCCAGCUUGAAACCGAGAUUGUCCCCCCAGAACAGAACGACUCGUUGCACUUACCGUCGCUGGCCGGCCUCCCUCCAACCUCCCCAGCCCAACAACAACAGCCACAACCACAGCCACUGCAAUCACUGCAAUCACUGAGGAAACCAUCGCUUAUGCCUCUGAUACGUCUCCGAACGCAACCAUCAGCUUCCCGUCUCAGUGGCACUCACCACGAGGCAAAUAUUAAUGAUAACGAUGAUGACGAUGAAGUACUCCCAUUUGUUAGAGGUACGCCUGAACGGCGUCGCUAUACGCCUCCACGCUCUAAGACGAUGGUAUUCACCUCCUCCCAGCCUCCAAUUAACCCUGCGGUGACGCCUCGAGCCACGAGAACGUCGCCGUUACGCCUGGUGACUACCGUACGCCGCCAGGGCUACUACCGGUCCACCGCCCGCAAACUGCCCCUACCACCAAGACCAUUACUGCUGCUGCCACGGAGACCCUCUCCCCAAAGAGUUAAGCUCACUCUGGUGCGGUCAGGACGGCUCUCGCCUCAGAAAUCGGUGCGGUACUCUAUUGGCUCUCCUAAUCGAAAUAUCCGCUUUUUCGAUAACCCAAGCUCUCCUCAUGUGGCUAAAGGAGCAGCUCAACAACCCCUGUUGGCGCUGGCGCCAGCAAAUGCUCAUAUACUGACUACUCAGCCUCCUCUUACCAAUCAGCCUCCUCCAGCCAAUCAGCCGCCACCAAUGGCUAGUCAACCACAAGCGGAGGCGGAGGAGGACGAGGAUCUAAAGAAACGCCUUGGACCGGAGUUAUACGCUCGGUUUAUGGCCAUUCGCAGAGGUUAG